CGCACUGAGGUAGCUCGAGCGUGCACAUUUGACAGGAAAGUUUGCUAUAAGUCGCUUCGGGGACAAUAUGCAAUUUGGACAGCGAGACUGUAAACAUUUCAUGUGUUUCAGAGGGCCAGUGGUGCCAUUCUGAUGAUGUCAUGGGAUUAUUGUGGGAUGUUUGUGUGCAAUAAAUUUACGGUAUGGACUUUUGUGGAGCAAAGCGCCUCAGCACUUGAAUUCCAGAGGACAACCUGGAGAACACCCGUCUGAAGCUCUUUUAACUGACAGUUUACUGUAUCGACAUCAUGCAUCCGACCAGAGGACUGCUGUUCUUCUUUCUUUUAAACAAUUUCACCCUGAGCUUCUCUCUGUCGACCUGCACCACGGUGGACAUCGAUAACAUCAAGAAGAAGCGGGUGGAGGCCAUCAGGGGUCAGAUCCUCAGCAAACUGAGACUGACCAGCCCGCCUCAGACCCUGGGCCCUAGUCAGGUGCCCUAUCAAGUGCUGGCCCUGUAUAACAGCACGCGGGAGCUGCUGGAGGAGGUGGGGCGAGACAGGCAGCAGAGCUGCGGACAGGACAACACUGACACGGAGUACUACGCCAAAGAGAUACACAAAAUCAACAUGAUCCAGAGCUCACCUGAAAACAAUGACCUUCACUACUGUCCCAAGGGGAUAACGUCGAAAGUUUUCCUCUUCAAUGUCUCCAACAUGGAGAAGAAUGCUACCAACCUGUUCCGGGCUGAAUUCCGGGCCCUGCGGGUGCCCAACCCCAACGCCAAGAGGAACGAGCAGCGUAUCGAGCUCUAUCAGAUUCUUCGUAAAGAAGAGCACAUUGCUAAGCAGCGCUACAUCGCAGGCAGGAACGUCCUGACUAAAGGAACACCUGAGUGGGUUUCCUUUGACGUCACUGAGACCAUACGCGAGUGGCUCAUGUACAGAGAGACAAACCUCGGUCUGGAGAUCAGCGUUCACUGCCCUUGUCACACAUUCAACCCCAACGGUGCCAUCAUCGAGAACGUCAAUGAGGUCCUGGAGGUCAAAUUCAAGGGGAUGGACGGAGACUAUGAUGAGCAGAGCCGCUGGGAUUUGUAUCGGCUGAAGAAACCGAAGGACCAGCAGAUUCCUCAUCUCAUCCUGAUGAUGCUGCCGCCGCACCGCCUGGACGUGAUGCCGUCGUCUAGACGACGCAAACGCGCUCUGGACACCAACUACUGCUUCUCAAACUAUGAGGAGAACUGCUGCGUUCGGCCGCUCUACAUCGACUUCCGGCAGGAUCUGGGAUGGAAGUGGAUUCACGAGCCAAAAGGUUACAAUGCCAACUUUUGCUCCGGGCCGUGCCCGUACCUCCGCAGCGCCGACACCUCCCACAGCUCGCUGCUGGCUCUUUACAACACGAUGAACCCCGACGCCUCAGCAUCCCCCUGCUGCGUCCCGCAAGACCUGGAGCCCCUGACCAUCCUGUACUACGUGGGCCGAACGCCUAAAGUGGAGCAGCUCUCCAACAUGAUCGUCAAAUCCUGCAAGUGCAGCUGAGGGGUCCGGAGACCCUCGCACGGGUUCGACGCUUGAGGGUUACGCAGGGCAGAAACUGGACUGGAAAAGAAAAUACCUCCGUUCUCACCUACAUCCACACCCUGCCCUUAUAGGAUGACUGUGACAUCUUCCCUCGGACGUUUUUUUUGCAGUAUUUUGAACUGCCUCUGGGCAAAACUCACGGGCAUUUGUGAACUCUUAAUGACAGACGCUGCCCGUUCUGCUGGAUUCACGGUUUACUGACUUACGAUAAGCCAGACAACGUGUUUUUGUGUAAAAAUGUUUGUGCACGGCAUUCCCCGGAUUGAACUCUUCAGUGUGUGUGUGUGUGUGUGUGUGUGUGUGUGUGUGUGUAUGUGUAUAUAUCACAGUAAUCGACACUGUUUGUCUAACACGACAGAUCAUUUUAAUACAAACAUGCUGGAAAUAUUUUGAAGAGAACAACGUGUUUCGACUCGGUUGCGUUUACCUCUGCGAAACUGCAGAAGUUUUAGGAAUUUUUAGUUCUUCAAAUGAAGCCGAUAUUUCAGUUCAACACGAUGUAUGGCGAUAGGUUUAGAUUACUGCUAUUAC